AUAGCUGUGCGUCAGCCCUAGCAAGCGUUGCAUUGUUAUUGCUACGCUGUUUUCUUUAUUUUCCUUUUUUUGGAUUUUUAUUGUCAGGCGUCGCAAUUAGCGUGUUAUAGUCUAAGCCAUAUCUAACGACGCUCAAUUGUGCUACAGGACCUGCUAACUUUAGCAUUUAUAUUGGUAUUUUGUGCGUUCGGCGCAGAAAAGGUCAAACAGCUCGUCAACAAACAAAGAAAAGUACGCACACACACACACACACACGGACUCACUCACACACAGAGGCUGUGUAAUUAAAGACAGGUAAACGAGCAAUUUGUCAAAGGCAAAUUAUGGGUCGCAUCUUUCUGGAGCAUUUGGGUGGGCUAAAGCUCUUCAAUUGCGCCCAAUGUCAUACGAACUUAACGAAUCGCAGCCAAUUGAUUAGCACACGAUUCACAGGCGCCACAGGUCGCGCUUAUUUAUUCAAGCGCGUUGUCAACCUGACUUUCAGUGCCAUUCAGGAGCGCGUGAUGCUCACUGGUCGACAUAUGGUGCGCGAUGUAAUGUGCAAGAAUUGCGGUGCAAAGCUUGGCUGGAUGUAUGAAUUUGCCACCGAGGAGACGCAAAAGUAUAAAGAGGGCCGCGUCAUUCUCGAAUAUGCUCUAAUCAAUGAGGCAGAGGGCUUUCCAUCCGAGGCAGGCGGCACCAGUCACUGAACAAAUGAGUCUAGCUGAAUAGCUCAACAGGAUACAAUACAUUUGUGUAGCCUUUAAGUAUUUAAUUUAGCCGACAGGCGUUGGCUUCAUCUAUACAUAUAUCAUGUAUGUAUAUAAGAAUGUAGGUUAAAUGAUUUUAAAAAGAUCAUAUCAUAGAUCGGUAUAAAUCAUUUGUGGAACAUGAAGCCCCUGUCAGCGUUACUUAAACCUAGAUUUAAGGCACUAGCACAUUAAGCUUUUGCCGCACAUUUAAAAAUUAAUUAUGUUAAGAGGCUGAAAUGAUAAAUCAAAACAACAACAAAAACAAAUCUCGCAGCCCUUGUCUAUCCCUAUAUUCCUUCAUUUGCUCUCCUUUCAUUUUUUUUUUUAUAACAUAAGAAUUUGCUGUGUCUUUUAACUCUUUUUACAUAAUUAAAUAAAAUAACAGAUCUCUUA